UCAAAGUCCAAGCAGCUUUACAUCUGCGGGGGGUGUGGAGAGCAGUCAGCGCAGUGGGCGGGGCAGUGCAAAUCAUGUGGGGCUUGGAAUUCGCUGGAGAAGGUGGUAGUGCAGGCGGCAGCAGACAGCACCCCCCUGCCCCUUCUUCCUCCUGCCGCAGCGCCACAGCGCCUGAGCGAUGUGAGCCGACGCGGCUUCCGCUCCCGCUGGCGGCUGGUGCUGCCGGGGGAGAAUGGGCAGGAGCUGGGGCGCGUGCUGGGCGGCGGCGUGGUGCCCGGCUCGCUGACCCUGGUCGGCGGCGAGCCAGGUGUGGGCAAGUCUACCCUGCUGCUGCAGAUGGCAGCCAUGCUGACCCAGGCCAGCACCGGCGGCGCCACUGUGCUGUACGUGUCGGGGGAGGAGUCUGUGGAGCAGAUAGGGAGCCGCGCGGAGCGCAUGGGCCCUGCCGUCGGCUCCAACCCCUCCAUCUUUGUGUACUCUGCCACACGCCUGGACGCCAUCCUCGACGAAAUCAUCCGGCUGCAGCCGGCUGCCGUGGUCGUGGACUCCAUACAGACGGUCUACCUGGAUGAGGUGUCCAGCAGCGCGGGCAGCGUGACGCAGGUGCGGGAGUGCGCCACGGCGCUAUUGCAGGUGGCGAAACGCGAGCGCAUCCCUGUCUUUCUGGUGGGGCACGUCACCAAGAGCGGCGACAUCGCGGGCCCCCGUGUGCUGGAGCACAUUGUGGACACAGUCAUCUACAUGGAGGGUGGCAGGCAGCAGCCAGUGCGCCUGGUGCGCAGCAUCAAAAACCGGUAUGGCAACACCGAUGAAGUGGGCGUGUUUGAGAUGCACGAUGACGGCAUGCAGGUGGUCCCCAACCCCUCCUCCAUCUUCCUCUCUGACCGAGACCUUGCCCCCAAUGUCUCCUCCGCGGUAGCAGUCGUGCUGGAGGGCACCCGGCCGUUGCUGAUGGAGGUGCAGGCGCUGUGCAGCCCGGUGCCGCAGAGCUCGGGGCAGCCGCCCAUGCGAAUGCCCAGCGGCGUCGACCGCCAGCGCCUGGCGCUGCUGCUGGCGGUGCUGGGCAAGCACACCGACAUGCGGCCAUACAGCGUGGACGUGCACCUCAAUGUGACAGGGGGACUGGAAAUGAAGGAACCGUCCACAGACCUGGCCGUGGCCUGCGCCAUUGCCAGCAGCUACUUCGAGCAGCCCAUUGGUCGGGACGUGGUAGGUCUGGGUGGCGAGCUUCGGCCGGUGGGCAACAUAGAGCGGCGAAUCGCUGAGGCAGCCAAGGUG